AUGGCGGGAGACCGCCGACGCCGCUCCCCUCCUCUCGCAGCGAGAGCUCUCGACGGCCAUCCGCAACCUCGCCAUCGCGGUACAGGGCAUCCGCUCGUACUUGAUCGGCACGCAGGGGAUGACCUCGCCAUCCCUUCCGCCGCCCCUCACCGCCUACCCGGCCGCGCCGGCGGCUCCGUCCGCCCGUGGCGUGCAUGUGCCGCCCUCGGCCUCACCGCCUCCACCGUCGUGGGCGUCGUGGCAACCGGGUCCCGGCCGCUGGUCCCUCCUCGCUGCCCCAGGGCGUUCCCAUCCGGCGGUGCAGUUGCGCCGUCGCACUCCCGGCUCCCGGCGUGGGUGACCGCGACGGAGCCCCCGCCCGCCUACUCGGCCGCACCGGCGCCUCCUCCCCUCUACACGGCCGCCGGGGACCCUCCGCGACCGUCCUUCCCGGAACCGACGUACGCGCGCUCCGCGGAGCCCUCCGCCGGUCGCGCGGGAGUACCCCGGUCCGCAGCGUCGCCGGCCUCGCUCCCCACGCUACGCCAAGCUGGAUUUUGCCACGUAUGA